AAAAUUUCGCAGCAGAAGCAGCAGCAUUGCGUCGCGUUGCGCCGUCCCCUUUGCGUCGGCGAGUCGCAUCCGAGCGUUACGAUAUUCUGUCACAGGUCUUCGCGCACGAGAUCUCCAGCAGCAAGGGCGCUCAUUACAUUCACCGGGGGAGAUUCAACAGGCCAAGGGGGCAAACACCACCGCGCCCCCCCGCCACCCGCGCCAUGGGGGGAACGGGACGGCAGCGGCGGGGAACCGAACGAAGGGCGGGCAUUCGAACAAGGGGCACCAUCAGGGGAAUAUCACUGCUGCAGGGGGGCCGAAGAGGGGGAACGGCACUGCUGCAAGGGGGCCGAGGAGGGGAAACGGCACUGCUGCAGGGGGGCCGAGGAGGGGAAACGGCACUGCUGCAGGGGGGCCGAGGAGGGGAAACGGCACUGCUGCAGGGGGGCCGAAGAGGGGGAACAACACUGCGGCGGGGGGACCUUCGCCAAAGCUGGCGAAUGGAAACGUGAAGAAUGGAAAUGUGCCGAACAAGAAUGGCAGCGGCGGCGGCGGUGCCAAUAAGCUGCGUCGACCGAAGCAAAUUGCUGAGGAGACCUCCCUACCUUCCCACCCCUGUUACUGUCUAUUCACAAACCUCUUUCCGACCCUUUGCACUAUCUCCUCGAUUCCUUUUGUGUCCCCUCCUCUCCCCUUAUCUUCCUUCCUCUUCCUUCCUUUCCGCGCCUCUUCCCCUCUGUCACCCUCUCCCCUCCUCUCCUCCCAUCUCCCCCACUCUUCCCCCUCUGUCCUCUCCCUUCUCCUCUUCCCCUUCUCCCCUAAUCUUCCUUUUCCCUCCUCUCACCUCCUUCCUCUCCCCUCCUCCCCUCCCUUUCUCACCCUCUCCCCACCUCUUCCCCCAUCUCCCCUCACUCCCGUCUCCCUCUCCUCUCCCCCUGAUGUACUCUCCUCUUCUCCUGCUGCUAAUCAUUUGUUCACAAAUUCAUCAAACCCUUUCCCCUCCCUUCUCAACGCAUUCUCACUUUUUUGCCUUCCAUAA